AUGGCUUUGAUUCUUGGCCAGUCGGCUAUGUCAGAGAGUGCCACUGCCCACUGUUUCUACCUAGUUCGAGUUUUGAGUUCGUUGCACCUUGAAGUCUGGGAUUCACCUCUGAUUAAGGUCUUCAUUGUGUGGAAAGACAUCGGCCGCUACUGUGUCAGCAAACUCAUUGCCUUUAAUGCCACAGUGACCAGGAAUCCAUUGUGCGAAAUUAGUCUUCCAGAUUUUAUUGAAAGCGUCAGCAUGGUUUCCUUGGGUUUUGGUCCCAUUCUUCUUAGAAAUCCCGGAUGA